AUGCGAAAAUCGCAGGGCAUGUCGUUAGCCUCUGAGAGACGUCUUGGGCUGGACGCCUCCGAAACCUAUUCAACGUCGAGCUCGUCGCUUAAUAGUUCUUUUAGUGACGGCAGCGAUUUGGUUAACUGGGAGGAGUACGUGGCCGAAGAUGGCAGCCUCUUCUAUGCCGAAUAUGUGCCCAAUCCCAAGUCGAAUCUAAGUGAGCGCCGCGGUGAGCCGCUGCGUCGUUCGCUGCGCCUGGGUAAGAAAACUACGCGGCGACAGCAGCAGAAUAGAGGCCAGCAGGGCAAACACAAUGGCAACCACAACAACAACAACAACAACAAUAGCAGUGGGGGGCAGGCACAUGUAGAAGCAGAGAACGAGGCGAACAACGGGUUCCGAUUCGCAGACAUCAAGAAUUCACACGCAGACACAGACAAUCAGAAGCAAUUGGAGUUGGUUAUAACGGCAACGGAUCGCUUCCGCUUUGGCCGUCGCUCCACAGCCGUGGAGUCAAUACUGGGCUUCCGAGUGCUGCCCUUUCCCGAUCAGCCCGAGUGCCUAAUGGUGGAUAGCUUUGUUCACGAUAUAAGCGCCAUGCAGCAUAAUAUAAAGCGUGGAGAUUGGUUCAAGUCAUUGAAUGGCAUCGAGCUGUAUGCCAGCAAUGUGGACGAGCUGUUGCAGCAGUUUCUCGAGCCCACACAGGUGUGCCUGGGCUUUCAAGGCGCAAGCAUCACCACGCCAGCUGCCACAGCGGAUGAUGCUGCGGCCCAAUGCAAUCAAAUGCCCCAGGUGCGCAAGCUGACUAGCUUUGCCAUGUUUGCGGAGCAGUUCGAUCAGCUGCUGCCACCGGCUGUGACCGUGUCUGAGUCCUUGACGCCCUUUGGCCUGUUGCUGCUGCCACCGGAGUGCUAUCAGCAUGAUCAGCACAAGGAUUCGCUCUACUACUACCCGGAGUCGGCUGUGACGAACUUUCUCUACAAGGCACGCGGCAGCUUCCUCACGCUCUGCUCUGUGCUCAACGAACUUCAGACGGAGCCGCUGACAUCCCGCCUGCUGGUCGAUCAGCUGCCCUACUAUGUCAACUAUCGCCGUCUGAAUGGCUUCCUGGUGCUGUUCGCCUAUGCGGCACAAUUGUACACCGCAACGGAGUGCAGCUUGAGAUCGGAUGAGCUGAUUGGCUACAUUCGAUUCUCGCUGCCAGGUCUGACGCUCGAGAACUUUUCCACUGCCAACGAUAGCUCGAAUGGCCUCCGCCAGUUUCUGCGUCAUUUCUGUGGCAUUCAGCGCUUGCGCCUCCUGGCCCAUCCACGUGGCGAGCUGCGCUUCGAGCAGCUGCUGAAGCAGUCAAAAAGUUUGCCUCUGCCGAAGGAGGCGCAGCUGCGCAUCUUCGAUGCGCUCAGCGAAAUGGAGGCCAUGGACUAUCGCAACUGGAACGACGAGCCGUUGACCACGCAUCGGGAGUUCUUCAUCUAUGGCUGUGCCCUGUACUAUGAUAGCUUCCUGCUGGCCAGUCUUCUGCCCGCCGAGGUGCGCUUCAAUGUUGAGCUCUUCCUGCGUUGUCGCGGCAUCUUCGACUUCAUUGGAGCAGCUCCCAGUGUGCGAGUGCGUGAGCUGUACGUCUGGGAGGAGAUUGUGCUGGCCAAUGCAACGGGUCGCUAUUUUCUCACCGUCUGCUGUCGCAGCCAUCUCAUCCUAACGGUCAUCCUGAAGAUGUACGUGGAUACACCUGAAAUGGAGGCGUUUACUGCGGUUCCACCCUCGUUGUUCUACAUUGAGGAGAUACAGGAGACAUUGGAUCAUUUAAUACAGUGUGGCAUUGAGUCGCUGGCCAAGUUCUGGUCCAUCUCGAACAAGCGACCCGAGGUACUGGAUCAGCAGAAAAUCGAUCAAUCCGGUGAGGAGCAGGAAUCCACCAACAACAAGCUGGAAUCGUUCCUUAAGCAGAAGACAAGUGCCUCACAUUCGUCCUCUGCGGCCAAUGAUGAGGAGGCACAAUUGUGCUCAUCUCUGGGUGGCUCUUCCAUACACAGUCAGACGCCCAGUGAGGAUGAGAUGUCACGACGUCGUCUAACGCCCGCAGAGGACUCGGACAGUGGCUCCGACUGGGAGAACUUUGCGGAACAGCAUCCCCUGCACUAUGGCCUCAAUCUGAAUGCUGAGAGCCAAAGCCAAAUAACCACAUCCCUGUGGAAGGAGAUCAACAAUGUGCUGCCAGUAAAAAUAUCCGCCGGCUGGAAGAACUCCGUGCUGCACUACGUCUAUGUGGACCUUACAAAUGGCGUUUUCCUAUGCCCGUUCACAACCAAUCCAGACAGUUUUCCAUACCUCAGUGAGAUACGCCGAGCGUGUCAUAUGAUUCACAUGGUUCUGGAUCGCUCCAAGCAACAUCGACGACUGCUGAUGGAAUCGGCCAAUACACUGGGCAAUAGAUCAGCUGGCAAUGAUAUAACCAUGGUUAAAGAACAUGGCAUUAGCUUGGAAGUAACCAAGGAUCAGUCCAGCAUGCGUUUCGUUGUGGUCGGACGUUUGUUCCAAUCGCCAGCUAAGGAAGUCUACGUCUGCCACUUUCCGGAGGUGCCACAAAAUAUGGUCGAAAUGGCGUUUCGACUAUCUUUCUUUUCAAUGGGAUAG